CGAAAAGAAAAGAGGCAUGGUUUAUGGUUUUGAAUCAACUUUUUUUUUUUUUUUUCUCGUCUUCUCUUUUGUUGGAUAUGAUUAUAUUAUGGAAACUGAGAUUUUGGGAUAUCUUCUGACAACUUGGAUCAAUGCAACAACUUUAUGUUUUUUUUUUAAUUUAUUUAUUUACAUUUAUAGAUUAGGAUAUGCUCAAUACAUAUACGUAGCACACAGAGACAUACACAUACUAUAGAAUAGCUAUUUGAUAUAGAAUAAAGAUAAAUAUAUAUUUAGACGUGUUGUCUUAUUUUAUUGAAAUAAAAAAAUAUAUUGGUCUAUGUAUGAAGGUGAUGACUGGUAUGUUGAUGAUGAUGGUUGUAUGUUGAUGAUGAUGGUUGU